GAAAUAGCACUUCUUUCGCUAGCUUCGCCUACGAAGGUUCGUGCUGUAACUUGUCGAAUAAGAUUACUGCAGUCAACUCGGCUUCAAUGAUUGCUACCCAGAAUUCCUUUCGGUUCAGUUGCGUAGGCUUGAGAUGGUCGACAACAACGUUUUUUGAAUUGACUGUAGUUGAAUAGUGCCAUUUCAUGUAGAUAUAGUCUUGCAUGAAGUGGUAACCCCCGCUUGCUACUUCGACAGUCUCUCUCAGUCUCUCUCUGCCAUAUCGAAGGAACGCCUGUUUACUUUAGCAAUCAAGGCUGACUCAAUAAUGGCGACUGAAUCUUUUUAUGGUCGUAAGCUUCCAGAAAAUCUCAUCGACUACCGCUCAAAUGAAUCAAAAGCUCGGCUGGUUCGCUGUAUAACUAAUGGCACUGCUGUUCCAUUUUUAUCUCUUUCGUCUUGCUUUAAUACUCAAACAGAACCAGCCUAUUGUGGUCCUUCAACUUUGGCUAUCAUCUUGAAUGCACUGCGGAUUGACCCUCAACGUUUGUGGAAAACUCCUUGGAGAUGGUUCACAGAAGAAUUACUGAAUUGUUGUCGUCCACUAGAAUUAGUAAAGAAAUAUGGUAUCACUCUAGAUGAGUUUCAAUGUUUAGCUACAUGUAACGGAGCAGUUUGUAAGAUACUUAGGCCGAAAGAUGACGAGAAAGAUUUCCAAGAGUUCAAAAGAGCUGUUUACUGUGUYUGUACCGAAGGAAGAGCUAWUGAGACCAUGAAUGAUGGUGAUCAGGACUAUGAGGUAGAUCACGAAAAUCCCAGCACAUUUAUUGGCAUAUCGUAUGAUCGCCAAACCUUAAAGCAGACUGGCUCGGGGCAUUUUAGUCCCAUAGCAGCAUAUGACGAGGAAACGGACUCAAUAUUGAUUCUUGACACUGCUAGGUUUAAAUAUCCCCCAUACUGGGUCCCUCUGGAGCUAGCCUUUCGCUCUAUGCUUCCUAUAGAUGCCGAGACUGGUAAAAGUCGGGGUUAUUUCUUGGUCAAGGCGAAGAAUCAGUUCCAGGGUCGUCGUGUGUGCUGUGUAUGGAAAGAGUUUCUUGAUGAUACGAAGAUGCAAGAUGAUCUGUCCAUGCCUCAUCCUGUUUAUAAUGCCAGUGAUAGUUGUCGUAAAUCAUGCGAAGAAGCAAAAUGUUUGCUUAACGAAAAUAGUCUUUCAGAAUCCAAAUAAGCUCACGGACUUAAGUUAAUUCACACAGCAGCAGUAAGGGGGACUCGCGGUCAAUGUCAAAGAUUUACGGGUUUUACAGGCGGUUUAAGGAAGGCGCCGGCAGCGGGAAUAAGCCGCGCGACAAGUCCUUACUGCUGCUGUGUUGGGAAUCAAAGAUAAGUGUUUAUAAAAAUGUACGAUAUAUAUACGAUGCAUGAAUGU